GUUCAUAUUGUUAUAAAUAUUUAAUCAAAUAUGGUGAAAAUAACUGUAGAAAUGGUUCGAAAUAAAGCAGAACAUCAUGAUCGUUUGUUAGCUCCACUAGAAGAAAUAGCUUUACAUCAGGAAAACAUUGAAAAGAUUGAAUUAAUUCAAGAUUGGUGCCCAAAGCUGAAAAUUCUUUUAAUGCAAAGUAAUUUAAUUGCAAAAAUUGAAAAUUUGAACAAAUUAAAACAUCUUACGUAUCUUAAUUUAGCAUUAAACAACAUAGAGGUGAUUGAAAAUUUGGAAAGAUGCGAAUCGUUGGAAAAAUUAGAUUUGACACUUAAUUUUAUUGGAGAUAUCGUGAGCGUCGAAUCUUUGACAGGUAACUAUAAUUUGGUAAACUUAUAUUUAACAGGAAAUCCGUGCACGGAUUAUGAUAAUUAUCGUGAUUUCGUCAUUGGAACUCUUCCACAAUUGUCGACACUUGAUGGCAAAGAUAUUGAAAGAUCUGAUCGAAUUAAAGGAUUACAAAACCUCCCUGUUAUUAGAUCAGAUAUUCUAUUCGAACAAAACAUUUAUAAACAACAAAGAAAAGCGCAAAAAUUGCGUUUAGAAAGCAAUAUACAAGAAAAAUGGGAAAAUGAAUACAAACAUAUGGAUCCCGAAGAAAGAAAUAAAAAAUUUUGGGCUUCUAAAACUGAACAUGCGCCCGAAGUGAGGUAUGAAAUCGAACGCAUGCGACAAUUAAAACAAAAAAGUUACGAAUCUGAAACCAAACCGGAUGAAAAAAAGGAAACUAGAUUGUUUACGUCAGAUGGCAGACCAUUUAACAUUAACCAACCAAAAAUUGGUUUUAAAUUUAGCGAUGAAGAUCCGAACUCCUACGUUUUAGAUCUAGCGGUUUAUAAACAUUUGGAUACUAACUUACUCGAUAUUGAAAUUCAGACAAAUUAUAUAAGAGUUACAAUAAAAGGCAAAAUAUUCCAACUUCAUUUGCCUCAGGAGGUGGAUAUAACAAACUCAACUGCGCAAAGGUCACAAAUUACUGGACAUUUAGUCGUUAAAAUGCCAAAAGCAAAUUUUAUAAUAAAAAAGGCUUCAACGACCAAAAAAUCUAUCACUCAAUCACCAAUAAGUGAAACUAGAGUAAGAGGCUGUGGUAUGGGAAUAACACAAACGAGAGAAUUUUUAGAAAUAGGAUCAUCUGAUAAUGUACUUGAUUUAACAAAAAUGACAUCAACAAAAACACCUUCAUACAUUGAUCCAAGAAUGUCAUUGAUCGAGAAAAAACCAUCUUCUAACUUUAUUGACAAUCCAGAAGUGCCUGAUCUUAUUUAA